AUGGCUCACCGUUACCUGCGGCUGUCCUCGGGCUGCAGGUCCAUGUUCCGGCUGCUCCUGCUGCCCUCCAGCGCUCCUGUCCGGCAGGUAGGUGGACCUCAGGCUAACAGGCUAACAUGCUAACAUGUUUACCGGGGCAGCGGCCAAAACAUGCCCGGGCAGAGAGCCCCCUGACCCGGGGACAGGUACGUGAAGAGCCCGGUGAUUCCGACCUCCUGGACAGAACAGGUGAACUCACCUGAGUGAGGUCACUGCGCCGUGAUUGGCUUAUGAAACAUCAGUGUUUAUGUGAGGUAACGGGACAGGUGUUCAGAUCAGACAGGUGAGACACAUGACGUCAGAACCUGAUAUCAAGUUUUAAUCCACAUUAGAGAGCAGGGAGUUGAUCACGUGACCUCCCUCUGACGUCACUACGUUCAUGUUUUUAAACUCGUUUGAAUCUAAACUCGAAAUAAUCUAAUCCGGUUUAUAAUCUGAUUAGAAUCUGAAUUCAUAAUUUAGUCUGAUUACAGCCUAAACUCGAAAUAAUCUAAUCCAGUUUAUAAAUGAUUUCUUUAUGGUGUAAUCUGAUUAUAAUCUGAAUUUAUGAUGUAAUCUGAUUAUAAUCUGAACUCUUUAUCAUUUAAUCUGAUUAUAAUCUGAAGUCUAUGAUUUAAUCUGAUUAUAAUCUGAAUCAUAAUUUAAUCUGAUCUCUUUAUAAUUUAAUCUGAUUAUAAUCUGAACUCUUAAUGAUGUAAUCUGGUUACAGUCUAAAGUCAUUGUUCUAUAAUCUGUUAAUUUAAUCCCGUUGUAAUCCAUACUCAUAAUUGAUCUCAUUAUAAUUUCAUGUAUUGGGGGGUCAGUGAUGUUUAUUCGGUCUAAACUGAUCUCUAACUUCCUGUUGGUCAGGUGACAUCAUGUAUCAGCACAGUGGGACAGGUGGGAAGUGGGCGGAGCCUACUGAGGGACCUGCUGGGAGCCUACAGGAGGAUGAGUGCCAGACCCCCCAAAGGUAAACAGCUGAUUCUACUUCACCUGCAGGUUUUAGUCCGACAGGCCCUUAAUAAAAGUUUAGAGACAAACAAACAACAGGUAACACCCAGGUGAGCACCUACCUGCUGCCCCCCCCCCACAAACACACAAACACACACACACACACACACACACACUUUCUAAACAAAGAGUGAGGCUGUCGUAGGCUGAGAGGGUCCUCACAGGUGUAGAAGAACACACCUGAUCACCUUUUGUGUUUUUUUUUUCAGGCUUCGAGAAAUAUUUUCCAGAAGGUCAAAAGGCGCCAAAAAACGCCGAGACUGAGGCGGCGGCCAAAGGUACACACCUAAUACACACCUGCUACACAACUACUACACAACUACUACACACCUGAACUCAUUCGAACACAAAAUUAACAUCUAUUACCCAUCUCUUCACCACCACCCCCCACACACACAAACACACACACUCACACACACACACACACACACACACACACACACACACACUGUUUUUAAGGUCCUGAGUGAAUCUCUCUUCCUGCACGUCUGAUUGGUUGAUUGAUUAUUUCUCUCUGUCCUCAGAGGAUAAACCCUCUCCUCCUCCUCAGAGAGCCACAGGGAGCUCAGGUGGAGGGGGCGGGGCUGAUGGAGGAGGAGCAGGAGGAGCAGGAGGAGGAGGAGGAGGAGGUAAACGUGGAGGCCGCAGGGAGGACUCUCAUUGGUACAGCCGCCUGCAGAAGGUAAGUGUGGGCGGGGAAACAGGUGUCUUUUGCUCACCUGGUGGGACAGGUGUGUGUGUGUGUGUGUUUGAGGUGAGGUCUAACCUGUGGUUGUGGGUCUUUCAGGGGGACAUUCCCUGGGACGAUAAAGAGUUUCGCAUGUACUUCCUGAGCGCGGCGGCGUUCUGGACCACCAUCACCUAUUACUUCUUCCUGAGGGAUGGAGGACGGGAGGUCACCUGGAAGGACUUUGUCAACAACUACCUGUCCAAAGGAGUGGUGAGGAGUGAACACCUGUGUACCACCUGAGCUCACCUGAGAUCAGCUGUUAACCUGUCACUGUUCACCUGUUCUCACUCAUCCAUCAUCGACCUCCACCCUGACACUCCACCUCCGUCUUCUCACCUUUCAGGUAGAUCGCCUGGAGGUCGUCAAUAAGCGUUACGUCAAAGUGGUUUUCUCCUCGGGGAAGAUGCAGGGAGACGGGGUGAGUCCAACCGGAGAUCCCUGAGAGUCGGGACAGCUCCGCCCCUCUGCUUGUCUCCACCCCUCCUCUUGUCUCCACCCCUCCUCUUGUCUCCACCCCUCGUCUUGUCUCCGCCCCCCUCUUGUCUCCGCCCCUCUGCUUGUCUCCGCCCCCUCUUGUCUCCGCCCCCUCUUGUCUCCGCCCCUCCUCUUGUCUUCGCCCCUCUGCUUGUCUCCGCCCCCCCUCUUGUCUCCGCCCCCUCUUGUCUCCACCCCUCCUCUUAUCUCCACCCCCUCUUGUCUCCCCCCCUCUUGUCUCCACCCUCCUCUUUCUCCACCCCCUCUUGUCUCCGCCCCUCCUCCACCCCUCCUCUUUCUCCACCCCCUCUUGUCUCCGCCCCUCCUCUUGUUUCCGCCCCUCUGCUCUUGUCUCCGCCCCCCUCUUGUCUCCGCCCCCUCUUGUCUCCGCCCCCCUCUUGUCUCCGCCCCUCUUGUCUCCACCCCUCCUCUUAUCUCCUGCCCCUCUUGUCUCCCCCCUCUUGUCUCCACCCCUCUUCUCUUCACCCCCUCUUGUCUCCACCCCGCCUCUUGUCUCCGCCCCCUCUUGUCUCCGCCCCCUCUUGUCUCCGCCCCCUCUUGUCUCCACCCCUCCUCUUGUCUCCGCCCCUCCUCUUGUUUCUGUUGCUGAUGUUACAUGACGACCUCUGACCUCAUCAUUCGGGUCGUUUGAGCUGAAUAUUCCUGAAACUUCUUCUUCUUCAGUUCCUUCCUCUCGCCCUCUUUUCUCCUCCUUCACUUCUGUUUUUGACGUUUUCGCAGCGUCACAGUUAAACAACGUGUGUGUGUGUGUGUGUGCGUGCGUGCGUGCUUGCGUGCGUGUGUGUGUGUGUGUGUGUGUGUGUGUGUGUGUGUGCGUGCGUGCGUGCGUGCGUGCGUGCGUGCGUGCGCGCGCGUGCGUGCGUGCGCGUGCGUGCGUGUGUGUGUGUGCGUGCGUGUGUGUGUGUGAGCAGUAUGUGUGGUUCAACAUCGGCAGUGUGGACACCUUUGAGAGGAACCUGGAGACGGCUCAGUACGAGUUGGGCAUCGAGGGCGAGAACAGGGUGCCGGUGGUUUAUUCCACAGAGAGUGACGGGUGAGGACGCCGCCGCCACCGCCACCGCCUUCGUCUCUUUAACCAUCUUCCUGUUUUAACCUUCUCUCUUCUUUCAGCACGUUCCUCCUGAGCAUGCUCCCCACCGUGCUCAUCAUCGGAUUCCUGCUGUUCAUGCUGCGGCGAGGCCCUGCAGGGGCGGGGCGACCCGGCCGGGGAAUGGGCGGGCUUUUCAGCGUUAGCGAGACGACGGCGAAGAUCCUGAAAGAUGAAAUCGACGUGAAGUUCAAAGACGUGGCGGGCUGUGAGGAGGCGAAGCUGGAGAUCAUGGAGUUUGUCAACUUCCUGAAGAACCCCAAACAGUACCAGGAUCUGGGCGCCAAGAUCCCCAAGGUGAGGGCGGGGCCAACAGGUGGAGAAGUGGGCGGAGACCAGCGGUUUAUCUUUUUAUGUCAUCCAAACCAUCGCUGCAGCUCCGGGGGUCAUAACAUAUAUGUGUGUGUGUGUGUGUGUGUGUGUCUGUGUCUGUGUCUGUGUCUGUGUGUGUGUGUGUGUGUGUGUGUGUGUGUCUGUGUGUGUAUGUGUCUGUGUGUGUCUGUGUGUGUGCGGUGCAGGGUGCGAUCCUGACUGGUCCUCCAGGAACAGGAAAGACUCUUUUAGCCAAGGCAACAGCGGGCGAGGCCAACGUGCCGUUCAUCACCGUGAACGGGUCAGAGUUUCUGGAGAUGUUUGUGGGCGUCGGCCCUGCCAGGGUGAGCUAACACACACACACACACACACACACACACACACACACACACACACACACACACACACACAUGCUCCCAGAUGACAGACUGUGUGUGUGUGUGUGUGUGUGUGUGUGUGUGUGUGUGUGUGUGUGUGUGUGUGUGUGUGUGUGUGUAGGUGAGAGACCUGUUUGUCAUGGCGAGGAAGAACGCUCCCUGCAUCCUCUUCAUCGAUGAGAUCGAUGCGGUGGGCCGGAAAAGAGGGCGGGGCAACUUUGGCGGUCAGAGCGAGCAGGAGAACACGCUGAACCAGCUGCUGGUGGAGAUGGAUGGUGAGGAUCUGUGAGCUGAUUGGCUGUUCAGACUCACAGGUGUUUGAAGGAGUCAUGUGAUCAUCGUGUGUGAUGUCAUUCACUACAUGAAUGACAUCACACUCAAUCUGAUAUCUGAUUGGCUCUCACUGUCAGGACGUCACUGUAAUCGGACGAUUUUUUAAAUUUUUAUGAAGUUAUAAAAAAUAUAUUUAUACUGUAGAUCUACAGUGUAUAGAUCAACAUUAGAUCUACUGUAGAUCUACUGUAGAUCUAUAUACUGUAGAUCUACUGUGUAUAGAUCUACAUUAGAUCUACUGUAGAUCUAUAUACUGUAGAUCUACAUCAGAUCUACUGUACAUCUACUGUAGAUCUACAUUAGAUCUACUGUAGAUCUAUAUACUGUAGAUCUACAGUAUAUAGAUCUUAUGUAGAUCUAUAUACUGUAGAUCUACAGUAUAUAGAUCUAUAUACAGUAGAUCUAUAUACUGUAGAUCUACAGUAUAUAGAUCUAUAUACUGUAGAUCUACAGUAUAUAGAUCUAUAUACUGUAGAUCUAUAUACUGUAGAUCUACAGUAGGCUCCUGCUCUUCACGCCGACAGGACCAGAGAAGCGUUUUUGACUCCUCCCACUGACACUCGGAGCAGAAUUCUGUAUAAAAUGUCGAAUCUGAAAAUUUCGGCGUUUUGGUUCCAAACGUCGUAAUUUGACUCCGAAACGUCGAAUUGUUGUUUUUACGCUUGUCGUUACCUGAUACGUCCUGGAAACCCGAUUUGUACUGAGCAUGUGCGAAACGUACGUGACUUCCUCUACUCGCCGUCUUUGCGACAGCUCAGCAGUUGUCUCCUCGUCCGAAGGUCGGCGGUCUCACGUCUCGCCGUUGUUGUUCCAGGUUUUAACACGGCCACAAACGUGGUGGUCCUCGCAGGAACCAACAGGCCCGACAUCCUGGACCCGGCUCUGAUGAGACCAGGACGCUUCGACAGGCAGAUCUACAUCGGUGAGACGUUAGAGGGUCAAUGACGGCGGGCUGUGUUUGACUUCCUGUUUGUGACCUCUGAUAAAGGUCAAGAGGUCAGUGAAGGUCAUGACCCUCUCUGUGUGUCUCAGGUCCUCCUGAUAUUAAAGGUCGGGCGUCCAUCUUUAAAGUCCACCUGCGUCCUCUGAAGCUGUCCACCGACAUGGACAAAGACGCUCUGGCCAAGAAGAUGGCGGCCCUCACACCUGGAUUCUCAGGUAAGCAGCAGAUCAGGCGCCGCCCCUCUGCAGCGCCACCCUCCCCCCACCUGUCUCACCUCAGUCUGUGGGUUUGUUUCCCCUCUGCGUCGUCUGUCAGGUGCCGACAUCGCCAACGUCUGUAACGAGGCGGCUUUGAUCGCUGCUCGCCACCUCUCAGACGCCAUCAACCAGAAGCACUUUGAGCAGGCCAUCGAGCGAGUCAUCGGAGGUGAGAGGCUGACCUGUGCGAACAGCUGUGUCACAUGACUAAGCCGUCCAUCAUUUCCUGAUGAUGACGUCCAAUCAAAUCUCCCCGCAGGUCUGGAGAAGAAGACGCAGGUCCUCCAACCCGAAGAGAAGAAGACGGUGGCGUACCACGAGGCCGGUCACGCCAUCGCCGGAUGGUUCCUGGAGCACGCUGACCCCCUGCUAAAGGUCCCCCCCCCCCAUACUCAGUGACAUCAUUGUUUCCCAUCAUGCCCCUGUGAUGUGACGUGCUCUGUUGUUACCUGUGCAGGUGUCCAUCAUCCCCCGGGGGAAGGGUCUGGGCUACGCUCAGUACCUGCCCAAGGAGCAGUACCUCUACACCAAAGAGCAGCUGCUGGACCGCAUGUGCAUGACCCUGGGGGGGCGGGUCUCAGAGGAGAUCUUCUUUGGGCGGAUCACCACCGGGGCUCAGGACGACCUGAGGAAGGUGACCCAGAGCGCCUACGCACAGGUGAGCCUGUCACACACAAGCUCCUCCCCCUCAGAGGGGUCAGCGACCUUCAACCCAUGACCCACAUGUAGAUCUGAGUCCAGAACGAAGACCUGCUCAGAGUCUCCGGUAAUCCGGUCCGUGUUUCCUGUUCCUGUUCUGCUGCAGAUCGUUCAGUUCGGGAUGAACGCCAAGGUGGGUCAGGUGUCCUUUGACCUUCCCCGGCAGGGCGAGAUGGUUCUGGAGAAACCGUACAGCGAAGCUACAGCCCGACUCAUCGACACAGAGGUCCGAGCUCUGAUCAGCGAGGCCUACCAGAGAACCUACCAGCUGCUGAGCGAGAAGAAGGCCGAGGUGGAGAAGGUACAGAGAUCCUGAGCACAGUUCUAGGGUUCUAGAUUCAGGAGCAGCUGAACAUCCAGAACCUUCAGGUCCGGACUGAAGGUUCUUCUCAUGACACCCCCACAGUACCUGUCGUCUCACUGAGUCAGAUUUAGAGUCCUGCUGAUCGACUGACUGCAGAGAAAAGGUUUAAUAUGUUGUUAUGGAGCCGUAAACACACGCUCAAAAAACCUGUUUUUAAUGGAAGUCUAUUGGCCGACAAAGGAGGGUGGGCGGAGCUAAAAUGACGGAGAACUACAGGAGACACUGAGUUUUUAUUUAAUAUGCAGAAAAAUAAGAACAUUAAAACUGAGACUGUCAGCUCAGAGGAAAGAGGAGGAACCGAGAGGGUCUUCAUGCCGAGUUCUGACCCGGUCUUUGUCUUCUUCCUGCAGGUGGCGCUGCGACUGCUGGAGAAGGAGGUUCUGGAUAAGAGCGACAUGGUGGAGCUGCUGGGAAAACGUCCGUUUGCAGAGAAGUCCACGUACGAGGAGUUUGUCGAAGGAACGGGGAGCGUGGACGAGGACACGUCUCUGCCUGAGGGUCUGAAGGACUGGAACCAGGAGAGGAAGGAGAAGGAGGAGAGUCCGGAUGAGCAGGUGGCCCGCCAGAUCUCAGGAGGAAUGCCCUUCUAG